GAAAAAACAGAUGUAGUACAAACAUUGAACAUUUUGUACUACUCUAAAUUAACGUCCAUCUUCUUCCAUGGCAGCCGGUUCUACUGAGUCGAGUCAACUCUUGAUUUAUCCAAAACCCCACCAACACACACACAAAAUCUUCAAUUUCCACCAAAAUGGAGCAACCCCUGUUCCUAACACUCUUCUUAUUAUUCUCAAUUGGGAUCCAAUUCGUCUCUUCCCAUCAAGAAUCCGGCAACUGGCAUUGCGAAACCGACGAAGAAUCCCGUAUUUCUGCGGAGUUCAUGCCUGGAGUCGUAACCCUUGAUGGACACGCGGAUGACUGGGACAAUAUUGAAGGAUUUGAGUUUUCUCUACUUCCUGCUCUUGACCCAGAUCAUGACCAUGAAUAUAAAGGGGGAAAGAUGACCGUUAAGGCUUUGCACGAUGGCAAAGAUGUCUACUUUUUGUUGAAAGUAGAUGGAGAAUAUGUAUACAAGAAAGGAAAUGACAAGAAUUGCCCAUCUGUAGCACUGAUGUUUCAAGUUGGUGAGAGUGCCACAUAUCAUAGUAUGGGUGGGUGUAAGCAAUCACCUGAUGUAUGCAACAAAAAAACUUGUCGUGGGCACGAAGUCGAUAUCAUGCACUUCUCAAUUGGAAAUGCUAUCCCUGGCAGAUUGUAUGGUGGAAACCCAGUCGACAACAGAGAUGGUAAUGGGGGAGACAGAUUUGGUCAUCUAGUCGAUUUAUAUGCUUGGAGCCCACACUGUAUGAAUUUGGAUGGGGUUAGUUCUACAGGAAAUGAUACAUCUGCCCAGAAUGACUGGAGGGGUGCAUGGUGGCAUAGCAGUUUCAGUACCCAUUCAGGUUAUUCUGAGGAAGACAGUCCUUAUUCAACAAAGGGUCAGAAGGGAACAUUCUAUUUUGAAUUUUCUAGGGCUUUGAGAACCAUGGAUCGUCUUCAGCAGGAUGUGCAAUUCACUAUCGGUCAGCCAAGCAAGUUUUCAGCUGCAUUUUGGUAUCCGGAGGAUGGAAAUCCAUGGCACGGAUCAGGACAUUACACGAUUGGUUGUGACUGGGUACCUCUAGAUGUUCCUCCUGGUUCAUCUGCAGGCAUCAAAGUGGUAUCAAGAAGCUCUUGGGAUGCUGCCAAUGGUUUUGCUUUUCUGUUAUCUGUUGUUUCAUUUGGUGUAUCCUUUUUUGUUGCUUAUUGGGUUCAUAAGAAAAAUGCCAUCUCUUUUCAACCCAUUGAUCUUUAGUCUUGUCUUUACCUUUUUAUAUUUUUAUAGAGAGGGAUGGCCAUGGAAUAUUCUUUUGUAAUAAGUGCAUAUCUUAUACUCAUUGAGUGACAGAAUUAGUGAAUUUGCAAUUUCAUUAGGAGAUAACUCAA